AUGAAGGCGAACUUCUUUUAUGUUUUUAUACUAAUUUUGUUUAGGGCUCACCAGGUGUACGCUGAAGAAUGUCGUGUUAAUACCACCAGUACAGGUGAAUAUAUGUCCUUGGAAUAUCUUUCCAAUUAUGGAAAUGUUUCGAUGACGCUUAGUGAUAGGGAGCUUAUUCUAGGGGUGAGCUUUUGUAAACCAAAAAUUUUUUCUGCUUCGGGUGAGCAGUGUGGCUCUGGGUACAUGAUUAUGUACGACAAAGGUUGCGGGGGCCUUUUUGUUUCUUCAGGGAACCUGAGCCUUAAAAACGAAACACUUUUCUUUACACUUCGAUCCGACCAAAAACUGCUGGCGAAUGUUUAUGUGGACUGUGAUAAAAACUUGGAUAGCUUGCGUGUUUUGUCUGCCAACGAAACGGAGAAUAUGAAGUACAUGUUUCGUCUUGCAUCCAUGACCGUCUGUCCGGGGUAUCACCCUUCCGGAACUGGCACCUUUCUGUCGAAAGGUUUUAUUAUUAUUAUUGUUACAGGAAUAGUUGGAGUAGUUAUUCUGGUGGCCGCUCUUUUCCAGUGGAGGUCCAGAAACCACUCAGGUGAAGAUUGUAGCCAGCUUAUUUAG